AUGGUAUUUUUUCUCCUUUUUCUAACAAUUGCUAUAAUUGAAUCCAUGGCAGGACUUCUAGGACAUAAUAUCUUGGCUAUCCAUUCAACUAGCUGCAUCAGGACCAAAAUAUUGUUCAUAAUCAUGAUCUUUCUGAGUUUAUCCAGAUUCUUGUUGUAGUCCUGGAUGAUGCUGGAUUUGUUUCAAAGUCUGUUUUGUGAAACCUAUUAUGAAGAAAAUGUGUUUAUCAUUUUCAAGACAGUUUUUAUGUUUCUGAAGUACUGCAGCCUCUGGAUUGCUGUCUGGCUUAUUGUCUUCUAUUGUACCAAGGUUGCUAGUUUUACUCAGUCUUUCUUCAUCUGGCUGAAGCAAAGAAUUUCCAGUCUCAUACCCUGGAUGCUGAUAACAUCAUCUCUUGUCUCCUUUGCAACCUCUCUUCCUUUCACCAGGGAUAUCUACAAUGUGCACGACAAGUUCACUGCUCUUUUAACCAUGACAAACUUUUCAGAAGGGAGAGUCACAAUGAAAGCUAGUUUGUUUUUAUUGAUUCUUCUCUGUAACACUGGUCUAGCUUUGCCUUUAAUAGUAUUUGUUGUUUCAAGUAUCCUGCUUAAUAGGUCUCUCUGGAUACAUACCAGACAGAUGCAAAAUAAUGAAACUGGCUUCAGGGAUCCCAGUUAUAUUGGUGCCAUCAAGCCAGUCUUUUCCUUCCUUAUCCUCUAUGUUACACAUUUUAUUUCUUUGCCUCUCAUUUUAUCCAACUUUUUUUUACCUCUAAGCAUUGGGGAAGCCAUAGGUAUAGCUGUAAUGGCUGCUUGUCCUGCAGGACUCUCUGCAGUCUUCAUCUGGAGCAACCCCAAACUUUGA